UCGAGCUCAGACCACAACUUCCCCUCGUAGCUGUGAGGUACGCAACACCCGAGUGCCGAGACAGACAGAGGAAAGCAUCGCCCAGCGUCUGCUGUUGCUGCUGCUGCUGCUCCAGUUCGUGUUUCAGCCACGUUUCAGCCCGUCACCAUGGGAGCGAGGGCCGGGAGUCGGUUGCUGGCCGCCGUCCCUCUCUGGAUGUGUUUCGGCAGAGCCGCUGCUCUCUCGGAGCCAGAGAUCUGCUACGUUCUGGAUGGGAUUCUUUUCCUGUACGGCAUCAUCCUGACCGCGCUCUACUGCAGGGUCAAGAUCUACAACGCCAGAGAGGCCAGCGGCGGAAAAGGAAAGUCAAAGCAGAAUGUGGAAGAGGGCAUCUACACGGGUCUGACUCCUCACAAGCAGGACACAUACGAAACCAUCGGCAUGAAGAAGUGAUCUCAGCCGGCCACAGCGUUCUGUCUUGUUUUUUUUUUUUCUUUUGUAUUUAAACAUAACACAUCUCACACUCUGUUUUUUUAUGCCAACGCUCGUUUCCCCAUUUUGCUUUUGUUGAAUCGAGCAGAAGUUGAGGAGGAAGAGAUAGAAAAGAAGAAGUGAUGCGGCUUGCUGUUUGAGAUACUCUUCCUGUCCUCUUGGACAUAUUUAACAUUUUAUUUUGACUACUGAUAUCCUGAAGAUGCAUUUAAACGCUUAAGUGUGAAAAAAAAAAA